UCAAUGUAAAACUUUAAUGAUGACAAGCAUUUUAACCAACAAGGACACUAGUUUAAAAGUUAGUUCAGUGCUGAAUAGAGACAUCAAAAAUUAUGGACCACGACAUAUGGUAGAUGGGGAAGAGGAUACAUGUUGGAAUUCUGAUCAAGGUUCCCCUCAAUGGAUAGAAGUUAAUCUGGAUUCAUUAUCUAAUGUGGAAGAAAUUCAAAUCCAAUUUCAGGGGGGAUUUGCUGGGAAAGAUUGCAGUUUACAGAUGACUGAUGAGAAUAAUGAUAAACACACCAUAAUGGAAUUCUUUCCAGAAGAUGUUAAUUCAUUACAAAGCUUUAAAUUACCACAUGUAACCUCUCUGAAGAAAUUCAAAAUAAUAUUCAACAACAGUACAGACUUUUUUGGUAGAAUAACCAUUUAUCAGUUGAAGGUUCUUGGUAUUCCUAUUUGAUAUGUAUUACUGUAAUAGCUUUUUUUUCUUGUUAUUUGGAAAAAGAAAUUAAAACUACAAAGUACAUCUUUAAUAUACAUUUACUUUCACAUUUGUACCAUAAAACAUCCAUAUCAAAUUUUCAUUGUGACUUCAUA